AUGCAGGACAACCAAGUGGUAUUCAAAAAGCAGUGGAAAUGGUCCACUCAAGAGCGAGCCUUGCACAUUAACGUGAAGGAACUCACUACUGCCUACAAUGCUCUCUCUACUCUUGUCUCCUUCGAGCUCGAUACCAAUAAGAAGUUCUCGAAGAUCAUCCUCUACGGCGAUAAUCGUACAGCUAAUGCUGCCCUAGCCUCUGGUAAGGUCUGCACUUCUGGUAAGCAAUCUACUCUACUUCAACGAGCUAUCGACCUUAUUCAUUACCUUAUGGGAAGACGCCAGUUUGAAAUUCACUAUGUGGCCUCUGCCGAGAACCCUGCUGAUGCCGGCACAAAGUGUGACCUCUACAGCGAUUUGGUUAAAUACCGUGAUUCUAUCGACGGUGUAAGUCUCGAGAUUCUGUCUGACGAUGAUACCUCAGAUAUGAACACUGUUCAUGUUGCUAGAAUCAUACGUAAGCGUGGUGACGUGGACGAAGACACCAACGAGAUCGGUGACAAAAGACCACGACUUGAACCACCACUACGAGUUCCCACCAAUCCAUUACCACCCCUACAACGACCACCCUAUUUGGACAUUUCAAUAGACGGCGGGGCCCAAUCUGAUUCUGACGACUCGCUGCUACCCUUAAGACCUCUUGCUGCUGCUGGGGAUCCUGCCGGAAUCCGAGUGGUUUCGAGUGGCUGCUUUGACUUCGCCCCACAGGCUGGCCCGCAUAGGCCCAUUGGGGAAGACGAGCAGUUGACGAGAGGCCACGAAGACUUCCACCUCCCCGUGCAAUGUGACUCUGUCAUGCAGCCAUGUGACGAUGCCGGUUCCGUUGAUUGUGUACAUGCCGCUCGCUCUAGUCAAAGACCCCUACCUGAACUCUGCCUCAAACUUCGGGUAGCAGACGAAUUUGACAUAGCGGCUAUAGUCGACUGUGGUGCCGGAUUCAGCUACUUACUCUGCUCUUCUGUUUGUGCUACUCUUUCGACGUGGGGCUUAGAGACUUCAAGCCUCUGCCAGAUAUCCCAUACCGUCAAGCUGGCGGAUGGCGAGCUCCGGGAUGUUCACCAAGCACUAGAAGUACCGGUCGUGUUGAGAGAUCUAGAUAACUCGCCUGUUAUUGAUGAUAUUGUCUCCGUCCGUGUACUAGAGUCGGUCACCAGACAGCCCUUCUUGCUUAUUGGGCUUGACUUGAUUCAAGCUUGGGAUUUACGGGUAUUUGGAGCGUCGAAGGUCACUACUGCUACAGGCAAGCUGUUGUUCUCAUCGCUACCUGCUGAUCAACUGGCCUUGUCAACCGAGUUCAUCUAUGAUGUGAACAGCCUCCUCAAUGUCGACGAUACCUUCAAGGAAACAACUUGCACAACUUCGGUGGCGGUGCAACCAGAUCCAGCUGUCAUUGCCUUCGAGACUCAGCUCGAGCCUACCAUUGCCGAUGAGUUACGCCUUUGGCUUGCGAACCUUGCCAGGAGAAGCAAGCGACAAUUUGGCAGUGCUGAAUCUGGAUCCUAUGGUAUACAACUGCACUUCUUACCGAGCAAUGCGCCCAAGGAUACUACCCUGCAGACCCAUUAUUCCGAGCUAUCCAUUCCCGAGCCCAAGAGUCCCACCAUCGUGCACCGGUCCUAUGCCAGACCCCUGUUUCGCCGUCUAUCCGAUCAGUACAAGGCAGUCUAUGAGAGCCUCAUUCGAGGAUAUCUCUCGAGAGGCUGGUGA